AUGGUGAAGAAAAUCCAAGGAACUUUGAAUGUAGCUCCAGCAUCCACUUCAUGCAAGCUAUGUGGAAUGACAUACACGCGCAAUGUUGCUGAAGACCGGGCCAUGCAUACGAAGUACCACGCUUCGUUCAUCAACGGUCCACCAUGGGUCUCUUCACUGGAUCCCGUACGCAAGAUCAGAGUUGUCAAGGAAAGAAAAUCCAUUCUGUUAUGUUUUUACGCAGUCGAUGUAUCGCUGGCACGCCAGGUUGCUCGGGUGGAAACUCUUUUGGAAAUGGUCAAUCGCGAGUUGAACGCUCCACAACCUAGCUCUGCAUGGAAAGAUCCAGCAAAGUACGAAAUCCCAGGAAAGGUAUUCGUUGCUGUGGUCAAUAAUCGUGCUGUUGGUUUUUGCGUCACAGAGCCGAUCAAUUCGGCGUUUUGGUUGGUGUGUAGAACCCAGCAAAUAGUGCCACGCCAGGAGAACAAACAGGCUAAAAUUGGGAUAUCAAGAAUCUGGGUGGCCCCCGCAUGGCGUCGAUGUGGCGUGGCAUUGCAACUUCUAGAUGUGACGUUGAGAUAUACUGUCUAUGGCAUGAGGUUGCAGAAGCUACAAGUGGCGUUCAGCCAGCCUAGCUUUGCCGGUGGCCUACUUGCCAAACAAUUCAAUGGGGUACAGCACAAGAGUGGGGAAACGCUUGUACCAGUCUAUUUGGAGGAUUGA